GAUUAAUCACACAAGCGGAAGGUUUUAAAAAGCUGGAUAUUUUUGUAUGCGUUAAUAUCAAAUAUAAGUUAUUAUAAAAACGAAUAUUUGUUUCAUCUAUUUCGACUUAUAUGUUCGUUUAGUAUAUUUUAGGAAAUUGAAAUUAGAAACAGGCAAAAAUAAAUAAGUUAAAAUGGCAACUGGGGGGGCUCGGGAUUCAAUCCGGGAAAAUGCAGGCGACUUUAUUGGAAAAUUUUCUGUAACACAAUCAUGUGAGCCUUGUAUGAAAAGUAACAUAUCCAAAACAGCAACGGUUUUUUGUGAUGAUUGUUUGGAAUAUCUGUGUGAUUCCUGCAAAAAUCCACACAUAGUUUAUAAGCCUGGAAAACAUAACAUUGUCGGAUUUUUUGACAUCGUGGAAAUGAAAGGAUUGGACAGGUGUCAGGAGCACAACAAGAAGAUCAAGUUUUUCUGCCAGGAACAUUCAAAGCUAUGUUGCAAUUCCUGCCUUAUCAUACAUGGGAAAUGUGGCCAAUUAGAAGAAAUAGACAGCGUACCUGAGAAAGAACUUACAAACAUUGAUGAUUUAAAGCAUUCGUUGAUUAAAUUGGACUCCGAUGCUGACUUAAUCAUAGCUGAAAGUAAGCGUCAGGAUAGUGAUUUGAACAAAUCCGUUUCAAAAGUCAAUGCAGAAUUAGAUGCAAUACAAAUCCGUAUCCUUAAACUUUUUAAAGAGGCUCAGAAUAACGUUCAAUCUGAAGCAACCGCUUUCAAGUCUGGGGAAAUCAAGAGAAGCCAAACAGUCUGUACAAAGGUGAAAGAAGAUCUACAUACAAUAUUGACAAUUUGCUCUGCAAUUGCAGAACGCGGAACGCCACAGCAAAAAUAUAUCAUUUUGAAACGUAUGGAAGAGAAAAAUAAAAUGAUUCAAGCUGAACAAGUUACGCCUGAUCUUUCGUUGUCUUGUCCAAGAGAGCUAACAUCAUUACUUGAGAUGGGAAAAGAUUUUAUAAAACUCCAAAUCCAGAAAGUGAAUACCAGUCCCAUUUGCUUAUCAUCCCAACCAAGGCCAGUCACCCUGGAGCUGCUCGUAUCCGUGGAUCUACCAAAGACUGGAGAUGAUAAGAAGGAGCCUCUCCUCAGUGGACUGGACUUCCUGCCGGACGGGAGACUGGUAGCCGUGGAUAACAAUAACAUGAAAUGUAUCAUACUGAAUGAGCAACUACAGAGACUUGGUACACCGUACAAGUUCAAGGGUAGCCCAAUAUGCGUAGUAUGUGUGUCUCAUGAUACACUGUGUGUAACGAUUUCUGGUCAAGAAGUAUGUCUCCUGUCUGUGAGUACAGACAAUACCAUUUCACUGACCAGGGAGAUCAAUACAACAUCAAUGUUCUUCUCUAUAUGCUGCAUGUCUCCAUCUAACAUGGUCGUGAGUACGUACGAUGAUCCUCGUCCACUUAGAAUGAUAUCAGUGGACGGGGUAGAGUCAGACUUUGAUCACUUCCUGACGUUUCCUAUGAAGAAGUACGAAGUAGAUGAGAGUAGGUGCACGUAUGUCCAGUCUAAGAACACGUUAGUACUGACUGACCGACUCGCUCACACAGUGUACUUGUACGACACCCUGAAUCGCACGUCUAGAGCAGUCACUAAUGAGAACAUACAGGAACCUCGUGGUGCCUGUCCAGGGCCAGGUGACACAGUGCUGGUGUGCAGUAAGGAUAAGCACUCCAUCGUGCACCUGACCAUUAACGGUAAAAUACUCGGUACAUACCCAGUGGAUAUGAAGGGACCGUACAGCAUAUGUAUGUCUAAGGACGGUACCAGGCUGGUGGUGUCUAACAACUGUAAAGGCGUCAAGAAACUUCAAUUGUAUAAGAUAUCACCGGCAAUGAGUUAGCUGACUAGUAAGAUGGUAAUGUUAUUCAUGUGAUCAGGCUUUCUACACAAUUAUUAAAUAUUGACUUUCGUGUAUUGUUUGUGUUAAACAACUCGGAAUACUAUUCCGAUUAAUUAAAAUUAAAUAGUGUUGUAAGAAGGUUUUAUCGUUGAAGAAUUUCAAAAGAUUCCGAACUACCUAUGUAUUUUGCAUGUAUUAUAAUGUAAUAUGUGUCUUUAUACUUACCUUCAAUAACUAUUUUAGUGUUUAUUUGAAGACAUUUAAAUAUAUUGUAUAUGUAAUUCUAUUUAAAUUCGCAUUUCAUGCAACGUAACCGGUGUGUACGGUAGUUAGGCGCGUUAAAUAUUUCUAAAUGUAUGAUAAUUUUUGAAAAUAAUAACUAUAACUGAA